AUGAACUUGGGUUUCAUCGGAAUGGACGAUAACAUUGUCUCCCAAGUCAAAACCCCCGAAACAGACGGCAUUUUCGCAUUUCAGAUUGGCUGUAGACAAAAGAAAGAGAAACAUUUGACGAAGCCUGAAGUGGGUCAUUUCAGAUCUCAGGGUGUACCCAGGAAGAGGAAGCUGAGGGAGUUUCCAGUGACUGAAGAUGCUCUUCUUCCACUUGGUACAUCCAUCAGUUUCAUUCCUGGACAAUAUGUGGAUGUUACUGGAAUUACAAAAGGAAAAGGGAUCGAGGUCCUGAUUGUAAUGUCUGGACCAAUUUCAAGCAGAUUUGUAGACUAUGUAAAUGUAACUUUAUCCAGUCUCCGUCCAAUUCACUGCACUAGACAGAGGAAAGUCGAGGUUGAGUUUGAUAUGACCACAAUUCCUGCCUUUUUGGUGGUUCUACUUGUACUCUGGUUUGUAUUAAAGCCAAGAAGACCAAAGCCGAAGAUCAACUGA